AUGAACGGGUCCAACCCGAAGGCUGCGGCCGCGGGCGCGGCGGCCGGGCCGGGGGCGCUGGUGGCCGGCAAGGACGAGAAGAAGAAGGCGGGCGGCGGCGUCCUGAAUCGGCUCAAGGCGCGGCGGCAGGCGCCCCACCACGCGCCCGACGCCGGCAUCGGGGCGGCGGUCACGGAGCAGGAGCUGCUGGCCCUGGACACCAUCAGGCCGGAGCACGUCCUGCGCCUCAGCCGAGUCACCGAGAAUUAUUUAUGUAAACCUGAAGACAACAUCUACAGUAUUGAUUUUACACGCUUCAAAAUUCGAGAUUUGGAGACAGGGACAGUGCUUUUUGAGAUUGCCAAACCUUGUGUUUCAGACCAAGAGGAUGAGGACGAGGAGGAGGAGGAGAGUGGAGAUGUGGAUAUCAGUGCGGGACGUUUCGUUCGCUAUCAGUUCACACCAGCAUUUCUCCGCCUCCGGACAGUCGGGGCUACGGUGGAGUUCACAGUAGGAGACAGACCUGUGACAAACUUCCGGAUGAUUGAACGGCACUACUUCCGGGAACGCUUGCUGAAAAACUUUGACUUUGAUUUCGGCUUCUGCAUCCCCAGCAGUAGGAACACAUGUGAACACAUCUAUGAGUUUCCCCAACUCUCUGAGGAUGUCAUUCGUUUGAUGAUUGAAAAUCCUUAUGAGACUCGUUCUGACAGCUUCUACUUUGUUGACAACAAGCUGAUAAUGCACAACAAGGCCGAUUAUGCCUAUAACGGAGGCCAGUAACCGCUGCAGGAGGAAGAGGGGCGGUGCUUUGCUGUGGCUGAAGGUCCUGGCCCGUGGAGGUGACUGACACUGCUGAUGGUGAACACUUCUGGCUGGAACUGGCCUCGGGGCGCCCCUGCUGGGUGCCAGUUUCCUGUGCUCCAAGAAGGGUGCCAAGCAGGGCUGCGUUUUCUUUCCCAGUAUUUUUUCUUCCCUUUCCCGCCUGCCCCUUUGGUUGCAGGGGUACUAUAACGAAGUAAAAGGUUUAGGAUUAGUGUGUUGGAAUCCAGAUUUAAAAACAAGAAGUUUAUUUUCAUGUCAUCCUAGCUGCCUGCUGGUGGCCUUAACGAGCUUAGGUCUCCCCAGUGUCUGCUGGGCCCCGCCAGCCGCCUGCAGGUUAGCAGAUCCUGUAGGUGCUAGGUGCUGUGGAAGCUGAUAGCCAGGCCUCUUCCGGGCAGCUCCUGCUCUCAUUUCUGAUGUUGCCAUCAGCACAAUCUGACCUCAGCCUGUGCAUUAUCCUAAACCAAUCGGGAAGAAACUUGAAAGGGGGCGGAGUGGCGUCAAGGUUGAGGCCCUGGGGCUGGUGAGGCUGCCCAGCCAAAAGAUUCAUAUUAUGGAGGGGCCAGCUUAUCUGUCUGACUUCCAGGGUUCUCAGCCAGUCCUCUGGCCGUGCACCAAGGUUCAGCCUGGCAGUGCCUUCCUGUUCUUGUUUUGGAGGAAAGCUGAGCUUGCUCUGCUGUUCUUGGCUCCCCACCUUUGAGUACCCCCUGAAAUAGAAUGUGACAGUUUUGCUCUUGCAACAGUAGUAUCGCCCAAGGCCAGAGCAGUCUUCAUUGCAUUUUGUUUCUAGGCUGCUUUUGGGGAGGUUUUAUGCAGUGCAGUGGAGUUCCCAGCCUGUGUGGCGUGCGGUUGGCGUCUGGUAGUACUAAGCAGGCUCCCCGGGCUGGUCUGGCUCCUGUCGGGUGGGAUGCAGUUAGGAGCCCGCAGCUCCUUUAAAGGCGCUCCAGGACAGCUGGAGGACUGGCUUUUGAUGGGGAUUUGCCUCUGAAAUUCUUUGUAGUUUUCUCAUUGAGGAGGAAUUUCUUUUCUGCCUUUUUACUAAAGUAGUUUCUGGAAACAUCCUGGAAGAAUCGACCUAAGUAAUACAUAUUUUUCUGAUCUUUCAAACUGCUAGUUUGGCAUUGUUUUGGGCAUUUGGAAGGGGUGAAAUAGGCAGAGGUCAGACAGAUUGCGUUCCCGAAAGAGCCCUCUUGCACAUCUGUGAGCUUCUUUUUUCCUUGGGCCCUUACAGGAAAGACCCCUGCCGCCUCAGCUCCCUGUGCUCGUCUGACUGUGUGGCUUUAGGUGCUGAGCCCAAACUCCAUGAUCCUCUGAUAAGAUUGUUGCUGCAGCCGGGAUUUAGCUCUGAUGGAAAGCAGCAUAGGAGUGCUGGGUGUGCAGAAAAUAGUCCCUGUGAGGCAUCACAGUAACUGACAGGAGAGCUGUCUGCCAAGGUGCUUGGGAACGGCUGUGGGGGCUGGGGAAGAAACCCCUGUGCAUUCACUGAUGAGGUGUCGCUCCCAGUUUGCAUCCUGGAGAAUGAGUGACCCGGUGCUUUGUGCCAGGCUGAUGCUGGCAGCUGUCUCACAGAGAAAGCCCUGAAUUACCCCAUGUGUUGGCACUGGACCCAACCACUGAGGGAGAGAAGUGCCAGGUGCCCUGCAGCACAGGUUAGUCAUCACCAGCCCGGGUGAGCCUCAGAACUGGAGUCCACUACUAAUCCCGGUGCCUUAGGUGCCACCCUGCCCCACAUGCUGCUGCACGGGUGCUGCCUUGCCCUCCCUCCCUCCCCACCUGCGACAGGCAUUGGCUCUGCCUCCUCACCUCUGGGUCUCCUCGAGGCUCCUCUGCUGUAGUCUCGCCCGAUCGAUGUUCUGAAUAACCCCUUCUCUCUGUGACAGAAGCCCUAUGCGGAGGGUUUCUGAUAUUUAAUUAUUACCUGGGAUGUGGUUUCUGGCGCUGCCCAGAGUUCUGCUCUGUAGAACACGUCUUGGAAACGUGUCCCAGGGCAGACCAGGUCCUGUAGACCAGUGGACUCUCUCUUAUCUGCAGUGUUAACUUUUGCUCGGAGGAGGCCAGGAGAGCAGGGCCAGGCCCUGUACUCGAGUGCUGUCUUCUCCGUUAGCUUGCCUGGUCUCCAUGGAGCCCGCUUGCAGGCCAAGUGCUCCAUGAGUGCCCAGCAGGACAGGGCUCGCCACCUUCUGCACCUGAAAGUCUCGUGUUCUGUCUCUGGCCUGCAUUCUUGUUUCUGGCUACUCAGGAAAUCGGGAGAAGUAUUACCACUCUGUGGUGUUAACCAGGAUGAGUUUGAAAUUCAAAUUUUUGUAGUGAGUUGGGGAGAGAAUAGAAGUCUUAUUUUUUCUGAAAAUAACAGAACUGAUCAGAAGUUGAAUCAGGAGGCUGUUCUGUUAAGAAAACUGGAUUAUUAUUAGCUGUUACCUUGUGGGUGAUAAGUGGAAGGAAAAAGCUACCUGUGUGGGGAGACCAGCCCCUCUGGUUAGUGCUGGCCUCUGAGAGGCCACUCCUGCAGGGGGCACGUUCCAGCAGACUGGCAGGUCUGGCCUGGUGCAGGGGCCCUGCUGCCUGUGCCCCCCCCCCCCAGCCUGUCUUGCUUCUGUUGCUCUUUCUCGGAGACUCCUGGGAGAGCACCUCUCUUUCCCUGUGACGUCUUGGGUUAAGAUGCCCUACCAGCUUCUCCAAAGACGAGCCUGGUUUAUUUCAUUCUGUUUUCUAAAGAGCAAACAGGAAGUAACAACUAAAAGUGGUUUGGGGCUCCAGUAGGUUGCCUCUCCUGUAGCCUCUCUUGGGGAGACGGCAGUUGUCAGGGGUGUGUAGUAUUUCCUGAGGACACCCAGAGCUUUUGGGCCAUCUGAUUCCCACACUGGGGCAGGGGUUAGGGGCCACCGGGGCUGACCAUAGGCUGUGUCUAAUGUACAGAUUGGGUGAGUCUUGCCUUACUGUGUCCUGCCACCCCUGGUAGGCUCCCAGGAUACUCUUUUCUCUGUAAAGUCACUUUCUUCUGGUGGCCUUCGUCACCAUGACAUCAGUGAGCUUUGGGGAAUGGGCAUAGUCUGUCCAAAAAUCACAGCACAGACUCCUCGCCUCCUUGCAUGGGGGUUGUGGUGCAGAGGGUGCCGCUGUGCCUGAUGCAGGCGCCUCAUCGUCAGAUCACCAUGUUACCCACAUUCCACGUCAUAGAACGUCCAAGCCACGAGAAGGAUCUGGUGGAGGUAGAUUUACCCCUUGUGUUACAAAGGAUCAUGUAAAGUCAUUGAAGUUGUGAAAGUCUAUUUUUUCCCUGUAAUUCUAUUUUUCACAGAAUAUAAGGAACAUCAAUGACCUGAUCUGCCCUCCCUCCUCUUUCCCUUUCACCUGAGAUCCUCAUUCCAGUUUGUAUUAUCUUUGUGUCUAAAGUAAACUAGGUGACUUAUUUGUAUAAAAUGUUAUUUUGCCACAAGAAAUCAUAAUAAAAAGAAAGAUUUUCACAGCACCUAUGACCUUUCUUGUCUC